AGGGUGUCUUGCAUCAGCCCAGUGUGUUUGAGAGGGAACUGAGCGGAGCGAGGAAGAAAAGAUCGAAAAGGCUUGGAUUCUGACAGAACUGGGGACACGGACACUCACUGGAAUACUCCACCGCUUCCUCUGAACAAAUGGUUUGAAAGGACAAAACUCUUUAAAAGUUUGAAGACCCUCUGUGUGUGAAAGUUUGUGUGUGUGUGUUUGGGAUGAAGUGCCUGUGGUGGGGACACUUUCCGCUGAUCAUCCUGCUCUUCUUGUUAGGAGACGUCACCUCGCAGGUUAACCCAGGUGUGUGUCGGUACCCUCUGGGGAUGUCCGGAGGAGAGAUUCAGGAUGAAGACAUCUCAGCCUCCAGUCAGUGGUCUGAGUCUACAGCUGCUAGAUACGGCAGGUUAGACUUUGAGGAGGGUGAUGGUGCGUGGUGUCCAGAGAUAACGGUGGAACCAGACAGCCUGAAGGAGUUCCUCCAGAUAGACCUGCGUUCCCUCCACUUCAUCACCCUGGUGGGCACCCAGGGCCGCCACGCAGGGGGCAUCGGCAACGAGUUCGCCCAGAUGUACAAGAUUAAAUAUAGCCGUGACGGCAGCCGCUGGAUUUCCUGGAGGAACAGGCAUGGCAAACAGGUGAUAGAGGGAAACAGGAAUGCAUAUGACAUUGUGCUGAAGGACCUGGAGCCUCCGAUCAUCGCCCGCUUCGUGAGGUUCAUGCCCGUCUCAGACCACUCCAUGAACGUCUGCAUGAGGGUAGAGCUCUACGGCUGUGAGUGGCUUGAUGGUCUGGUGUCCUACAACGCCCCAGCAGGAGAACAGAUGAGUCUGGAGGGCCAGCCUGUCCACCUCAAUGACUCGGUGUAUGAUGGAGCCGUCAUCUACAGUAUGACGGAGGGGCUAGGCCAGCUGACUGAUGGAAUGUGUGGAUUAGAUGACUUCAGCCACAGCCACGUCUACAAUGUGUGGCCUGGUUACGACUACGUGGGAUGGACCAAUGAGAGCUUUCCCAAUGGAUACGUGGAGAUCAUGUUCGAGUUUGACCGCACUCGCAAUUUCACCACCAUGAAGGUGCACUGUAACAACAUGUUCAUGAAGCAUGUCAAGGCGUUCCGCCAGGUGGUGUGUUACUUCCGUUCUGAGGCUGACUGGGAGGCCACGCCCCUUUCCUUUAGUCCAGUGGUGGAUGACGUCAAUCUCAGCGCCCGCUUCGUCACCAUCUCUCUGGCCAAUCAUAUGGCCAGCGCAAUCAAGUGCCAGUUCUACUUCGCUGAAGCCUGGAUGAUGUUUAGCGAAAUCACCUUCCAGUCAGACACAGCCAUGUACAACACUACCCUGGCUCCCCCCAAGACUGGCAGCAGCCCCCCCACUAGCACUCAACCAGGGGAUGACCCCACCCACAAAAUAGAUGACAGCAACACCAGAAUUCUGAUUGUCUGCCUGGUGGCCAUCAUUCUUAUCCUUGUCGCCAUCAUUGUCAUCAUCCUCUGGAGGCAGGUCUGGCAGAAGAUGCUGGAGAAGGCCUCGCGGCGGAUGCUGGACGAUGAACUAACUGCUAGUCUGUCACUACAGAGCGAGACGUUCGCCUACAGCCACAACAACCCGACAUCAUCGUCAGCACCCAGCGAGCAGGAGUCUAGCUCCACCUACGAGCGUAUCUUCCCCCUGGGCCCUGACUACCAGGAACCCUCACGACUCAUACGCAUGCUACCUGAGUUCUCCCACACCUCCGAGGAUGCCGCUUUGAUCAGCACAGCAGUGACAGCCUCCAAGGCUCCCACUGCAACAGUUGCUCAGGACGGAGUCCCUCACUAUGCCGAGGCAGACAUCGUCAACCUGCAGGGCGUAACCGGGGGCAACACGUACGCCGUCCCUGCUUUAACCAUGGACCUGCUGUCAGGGAAGGACGUGGCAGUGGAAGAGUUCCCCAGGAAACUGCUCACCUUCAAAGAGAAGCUGGGCGAGGGACAGUUUGGAGAGGUCCACUUGUGUGAGGCAGAGACCAUGAAGGAGUUUAUAGAUGAGGAUUUAUCCUUCAACAUCAGUGACAACCAGCCAGUACUGGUUGCUGUAAAGAUGCUCAGAGCAGAUGCUAACAAAAACGCCAGGAAUGACUUUCUGAAGGAGAUUAAGAUCAUGUCACGUCUGAAGGACCCCAACAUCAUCCGUCUGCUGGCCGUGUGUAUCUGCAGCGACCCCCUCUGCAUGAUCACAGAGUACAUGGAGAACGGUGACCUCAACCAGUUCCUGUCCCGCCAUGAACCUGAGGGACAGAUAGCACUCAUCAGCAACGUAACCACUGUCGGCUACAGUGACCUGCGCUACAUGGCCACUCAGAUUGCCUCAGGGAUGAGGUACCUCUCCUCGCUUAACUUUGUCCACAGAGACCUGGCCACGAGGAACUGUCUGGUGGGGAAGAACUACACCAUCAAGAUUGCUGACUUUGGCAUGAGCAGGAACCUGUACAGUGGAGACUACUACCGCAUCCAGGGUCGGGCCGUGCUGCCCAUACGAUGGAUGUCCUGGGAGAGCAUACUGCUGGGUAAGUUCACCACAGCCAGUGACGUGUGGGCGUUUGGGGUGACACUGUGGGAGACCCUGACCUUCUGUAAGGAGCAGCCUUACUCCCAGCUGACUGAUGAACAGGUCAUAGAGAACACUGGGGAGUUCUUCAGGGACCAGAAACGACAGAUCUACCUGCCCCAGCCAGUGCUGUGUCCUGACUCUUUGUAUAAGAUCAUGCUGUGUUGUUGGAGAAGGAACACCAAGGAGAGGCCUUCCUUCCAGGAGAUUCACCGAGUGCUGCUGGAAAGCCCAGCUUAGGGCCCGAACCCCUGGGCCAGCACACACACACACACACACACACAGACACACACACAGACACACACACAGACACACAGACAGACAGACAGACAGACAGACAGACAGACAGACAGACGAAACGCAUCAACAACACAUUAAGCAUCGGUCUAUAAGUCAAAGGGUCAACUCAGUUCAACUUUGAUGCACAGAAAAAUUACGAAUGGCUGUCUGUUGUCUCAGCUAGAGAAGUAAAAGUGAAAUCUAUCAAUGAAAGUUCUGCACUUUUUAAAAUGUAUCAUUUAUUCCAAAUGGUGCUAGAAAUAAGUAUAAAGUUUCCACCUUGUUUAAUGCAAUGUAAUGCCAUGUCUAUGAAUUCAAUUGUGUUUUCUUUAAGAAGACUGCUUGAAUGUAAAUCAGAUGUCUUCAUUAAGCAAACCAUCAGUGUUCAGUUUGGAGAAUUUUGAUACAUUAAAAGUUUUCUUUUUCUUUUGCAAGGUUAUUCAUCUCAGUCACUCUGACCGUUUCUUUGUACACUUUGCUUAGAGUUAACAGGGAUAAUGGUAAUGUAGUCAAUGCAUUAUAUGACUCUUUACAUGAUCCUGACUUACUAUCACCCAUUUUGAAUCUGUUGACAAUGUGUCAUAUAGAUAUAACAUAUCUAAUCUGUUGGCUUUGAGUAAAGAGUUACAAGUGAUGAACAAAUUUAUAACAGGCAAUAACCAUUAUUCGACCAUAUCUCAGCUAUAGUACUCUCUGGCAGUACACUUUGCCACAGUGUCUGCCAGUGAUAUUUGACCAAGAGUGCUCAAAGACAUUGGUGUGUAUGUACUUCAAUAGAUCUUGUUAAAUCUCAAAUAGUAAUAUUUUGUAUUGAUAUUUAUAUGUAUUGUUUAUAUUUCAGUUUGCUUUCUGUUUAUAUAUUUGGGUACUGAUCAGCUUCUUUUUGCAUGGGAAAAUUUGUACAAAGUUGUACGUUGUGCAAUUUUCAAGAUUCAGUUUUGUAGUUUUGUAUUUUGUUGAACAUCUCAGUCGAGAGUAGUUUCAGAAAAUGACAGUAGGCUUUGUGGAAUGUGGGGUGGACAAAUGAUGGUUCUCAUUCAUAUUUGUGACCAAAUCACUGUCCAAAUCAGAUCGUAGAUCAGCUGCAGUACUGCUGGUCCAUGUUCAGUCCAUACUGAGCAGAUUAUAAAUAAAAUGCCUUAGUGCUGGUCCAUGUUCAGUCCAUACUGAGCAGAUUAUAAAUAAAAUGCCUUAGUGCUGGUCCAUGUUCAGUCCAUACUGAGCAGAUUAUAAAUAAAAUGCCUUAGUGCUGGUCCAUGUUCAGUCCAUACUGAGCAGAUUAUAAAUAAACUGCAUUAGUGCUGGUCCAUGUUCAGUCCAUACUGAGCAGAUUAUAAAUAAAAUGCCUUAGUGCUGGUCCAUGUUCAGUCCAUACUGAGCAGAUUAUAAAUAAAAUGCCUUAGUGCUGGUCCAUGUUCAGUCCAUACUGAGCAGAUUAUAAAUAAACUGCAUUAGUGCUGGUCCAUACUGAUCAGAUUAUGGUGCUAAUCAGGAUCCAGACUGGAGGGGAGAGGAUGUGCUAACUAAGUUCUGAUGGGUCUUUGUAGGAAACGAUGCUUCUAGAGAGAAAGAUUUUUUAAAUGGUUAGUGUGUUUACUACCUUUGUACAACAAAUGUGCUAUGCUAUCAUUGUGUUGUAUUGAACGUGUUAAAAUGCACAGUUGUUCUGAACAGGACAACAACUGUUUAUGAUGUAUCUCUGUUGAAAGAGAGUGAGAGCUGAACGGUGAUUAAAGGGUUUCUGAAUACAGUUACAGUGAGGAUGAUAAUCAGUCAGAAGGAUUUCAGACAAUCUCAACUGCACACAAGGACAGUUGUUGUACAACAAGACCGUUACUAUAGUAGCUAUUAGGAUUAUGCAAUUCUUUCACCAUUAGCUUUAGGUUUGAACCCUAAAUGACUUCAAUAUGUUAUCAACCUGUCUCCAGUCUUCAUGGUCUACAGGCUUAGUUUUGAUGUCCUGCUUCCUACAAUCACACACAGAUGCAACUUUACUCAGGGGCCUUCUCCUUCUUAUCAGCAACCUUCGCCCCUGGACCUUAUUAUUCACAUUCUGGUGUCAUUAUGGGCCAUCUUUAUAGGUUGUGUUCAGUUAUAGGCUGAGACACAAAUCAAACACUAUUCAAGUUUUAAUGACACAUGCACAAGCACAGUGAAUUGCUUUUCUUGCCAACUCAAAACCCAACUAUGGGCUUUCAAUAACAAUGUAUAAAUAGAAAAAAAAACAAGAAAUAAGAAUAGGAAUUAUGAACUACACGAUCAAGUAAGUAAGCGUACUAUAUACAGAAAAUAUUUUAAAAGUCAGUUGUUUUAUUUCUGUAUUUCAUUUAUCAUUUUCUGAUUUUCUCCUGACCAUGAACUGACCUUAUAUUGCCCUGUGGGAAGUAUAUUUGUACAUAUAUUCUAGUCCAUAGUAAUGGUUUGAUAGUCAGUAGUAUGGAUGAGGCAUGCAUUGAUAUAUAUCCUUAAGACCAAAAUGGGACCCAUUCACAGCAUCUCAAUGUUUCAGCUUGUUUGAAUGCUUUAUUGUAUUAUUACAGAUUUUGCAUCUAUAAAGCAAAUGAGGGGAUACUUAUUGUAUAGUAAUGAAGUUGUAUAGAGGUUAUUAGUGUGUCAGUGCACAAGAAAAUUAAAUAGUGGUUGAGUUUUAUAAGUUCUUUGUACUCAAAUGGGUUUUUUUUAUCAAUAAAAACAUUGAAUUUUG